GUUUUUCUUGAAAGGAAGGCAUUAGCUUUUACUGAAGCCAUUGUUAGGAAGCGCUCACGUUCUUGCAGUUGCGCACGAGGAAGAUGUUAUCCUUCUGGCCCUCCUUCGUUGGUGGCAGUGCGGAGGAGGAGGAAGACCCUACCAAUGGCGCAGACACAAACUACCCCAUCGGCCCGCAGCACUCCGUCACGUCCAAUGCGAGUUUUGGUCGACAAAAGUCUGUUUUUAACCCGAAACAAGCGGUCAACACGAUCGCGCGAGGGACGUAUUUCAUUAGAAACAAGUUUCUGGCGAAGACAGCCAGUAUGAAGAACGAAACUGCAACGGAACGCGAUACGACCCGGAAUAUGAUCACCAGCAUCUUCUUCAGACCCUGCUGAAUUGGUACAUGUUGCAUAACACGGAAAAUGUCCUAAUGUGGUUUAGCGACAUUUUCUCGUAGUCGUAGUGUGCGUGGAGGUGCAUACUGAUACUGAACCGCAAUGAAGUUGUCCACCAAUAAUAAUUCUCGAGGAAGAGGGUGAUUUUGCACGGGAUACGCGAAAUACCAGAAGGGUAUUGCAUGGAAGACUACGAUUGCGAGUUCAUCCUCACAACCUUGCCAGAAGUCUCUCGACUGUAUCACGCUGAGUAUCUACCGCUGGGAUGCGACUGCAGUAUAUCUAACUUCUACUUUUUUAUUUGCUGCAGAUAUGGUGCCGAUCGACACACGUAUUGCAUGCAAAAAUUCCAUAUUGUAAAAGUGGUUUCCGCCGCCCCUCCACCCGCUGCAAUAUUAAUUCUGACUCACUUACUUGCACAGGCCUCCUGAAAGUCUACCCGGAUGCGGUUCCCCGGGGAAUGGACGUGUACUCGCUUUUGUCCACCAUGUACAACAGUAAGUUUUCGUCUUUCCUGCCCCAAUUCGGCUGCGACUUCCUUGACGGCGACGACUGCUCCUACGCCAUCAUUCUGGAGCCGGCGUAUCAAAUGCAAAAGUGUCUGGGUCUGGAAGACUGCGAGACUUGUCAUGGUUGUCUGGCAUGACCAAAAAGUUUGUGAUGCGUGUCCAAGAAGAGGCCCUCCUGCCUGUCAUGCAAAAACGCAGUUUGUCAUGCGAAAAACGCAACGCAAAGAAGCGCAGACAUUUCUCAUGCUUGCCUGUGCAUUACAGGGCAUCCACUAUUCCCAACGCAGCAUUACAAGUUUCCAGACCCAGACAUUUUUACAUUUUAUACGGCCUACCCGCAGUUUAUCUCCGUGCCGAAUUUCAUCAAGGAUUUUGCAAAACUGAAGCACAACCACGAACUGAAAAACCGGCUGCUGGCGCGGAUCUUCGGCAAGUUGUUUUCCUUCUUGAUCCUCACCCACGAAGAGAAUUGCAUGGGGUGGUUUGACUACGUGAACACAAUGUACUUGGAAGCGGGGUACGAAAACUUGAAGUUUUUUCACCUGGGAUUCACCCAGUAUCGAAUCGAAAUUUGAAGCGACGGUGCACGACUUGCUAGAAUCCACAUGAAGUAGAAAUGCUGACGAUGCCUGAGUCGUCGAGGAAGACCCAACUGUAUAGCAGCUUCCUUACGUAGGUGCAGCUUUUGCCUUGCGCUGAUUACUUGCGCUUUGCAUUUUUCUGCACGUGUGUGCCGGCUGCAAUUUCUUUUUCAAUGCAUACAUCCGAUUCCAACAAGACGAGAAUGCAGAAGAUCGCGGCCGACUUCAUGCAGUGUGCGGAUUUGCUAGACAAGAUCCUUCUUUUGGACGAAAACCCCGAGAAAAUCCCCGCCGGCCACCCCUUCGCGAAGAAGAAAAAGCUCUUCGGAAGGAGCAACAGUCCGAAAAUCGGUCAUGGCGGUGCAGCAGCAGCAGGCGGAGCAAAUUUUCAUGCCGGUAUGAAUUCAGCGGCGUCGCCAGGAGGCAAAGGAAACAAACCAGCUAAUCGCGGCGGCGUGAUGAAGCGGGACCAGACGCGGCAAUUUGACUUUGCCGGCUUGGAGGAUGAGACUCAACAUGGCGCAGGAGAUUUGAAUUUUGGAAACGAUCCGAAUAACGCGGAUCAAAUCCAGAAUGAUUUUGGCUUUCAGCAACAGGAGCAGAACAACCUGAGCUCCAUGAUCAUCUCGCAGGAGGAAGCGGAUGACGGAAACUACGGGGAGAACUUUUACAAAAAUCAGCCGCUAGAACAUCAACUACCCUCAGAUGAUGGCGUCGGGAACUACCCAUACGGAAUGGGUUACGGUGCUGGGGCCAGUUUCGCUGGACAACUUCAAGGGUUUGGAGAACAGGACCAAACGACGUACGCGUACGGCGCAUCAAGUGGUUAUAACUACGCGAGCACUUCUGGAGCAAACAAUGACUACGGGCAUCAACCAGCAGAAGAUAAUUCCAACAGCAACUACUUUUACAACAACCAGUACAACAGCAGCAACUUUUUCCAGACCGAAGGGCAGCACAAUGAGGAGCCGGGUUCGGAGCAGGCGUCUUUGAACGACGUGAACGUAACGGCUGGCUGUAUCGAGGUGGAAGAGGAGGAAGCAGAAUUGGACUACCCGCACGACAACCUGUUGCAGCACAAAUCCUUGAUGGACUUCCGGAAGACGUUGCAUUUCAUGACGAAGAUUGAAGAAGCGGUGAACCACCCGUUUCUGAUCGAGUACGAAGCGAAGAACCGUAUCGAUUUGCUGCACAAGCUGUUCAAACGGAACGGGAAGGACAACCUCCAUCUGUCGCAAAAUCUCUGUGACUCGUCCGUGAUUAUGGGCGCAUUGCAACGGUUGGAGAAAGCGGAGGAGGCGAAAAACAGUACUAGCGGCCCUGCAGGUGCUUCUGGGGGGAGAAAAAGUACGGGUCUAGCUGCACUAGCCGGGGGGAGAAGCAGCACUGCCAGUAGUAUCAACGCCGCUGCAGGAGCGCUGCAAUCACAAUCGGUUUUGUCGGUCUAUUCUAAAACGAAGUCGGCACUCGGAGCCGGCGUGGGUCGGCAGUCAACUGUUGGAAAAGUGAAGAGUAUGAAAAGUUCGAACCUGAAGCAAAUUGAGGAAGAACCCGGAGCGAUGACGCGGCGGCAAACGCGCACCACCAGUCGCAGUCCGGGAGGUGGAGGGAGGAUGUAA